UCAAUAUCAAUUCUUCAUCAUCCCCUCUCCACCGUUGAUUUCAUCGGAGUACGGUGGCCGGAAAAUCAUAAUAACCCAUAUGGAAAGAGCCGAAUCAUCUUCCAUGACGCCGCCGCAGCUCCCGCCGGGAUUCCGUUUUCACCCCACCGAUGAAGAACUCGUUGUUCAUUACCUUAAAAAGAAAGCUGCAUCAGUUCCUCUUCCUGUACCUAUAAUCGCAGAAGUCGAUCUUUAUAAAUUCGAUCCAUGGGAACUUCCAGCUAAGGCUUUGUUUGGAGAGCAAGAAUGGUAUUUCUUUAGUCCACGAGAUAGGAAAUAUCCAAACGGAGCACGACCAAACAGGGCGGCGACAUCUGGGUAUUGGAAGGCGACCGGAACAGAUAAGCCGGUGAUGGUGUCGGGUGGGACCCAGAAAGUAGGGGUUAAGAAAGCUUUGGUUUUUUAUGGAGGAAAACCUCCUAAAGGGUUAAAGACAAAUUGGAUCAUGCAUGAAUAUAGGCUUACAGAUAAUAAAUCUCAUUCUAAACCUCCUCCUUGUUUUGAUCCUUCAAAUAAAAAAGGAUCUCUUCGGUUGGACGAUUGGGUUUUAUGUCGAAUUUACAAGAAGAGUAAUCCUCCAAAACCGAUGGACCACGAAAAAGAAGACUCAAUGAACAUUAUGUUAGCAACAUCCAUGACACCUACCUAUCUCCCACCCUCGACAAACUACAACACAUUUCUCGACAACAACGAUCGACAAAACAUAUACGAAGGCUCCUCUCAUCAUCAGUUCCACCAAAGGCCGACUCAGUUUCCGAAUUUCAUGGGGUCUACUUCGUCUUUAAACCCAAUACAACUUCACGAAGAUUCCCAUCCUCUGAAAAGGACUUUCACUUCCCUAUUCUGGUCCGAAGAAGCAGUUACACACGAAACCGAAUCCCCGGAAUCCCCAGGAAAGCGAUUCCACGAUGAUCAUCAUCAACAUCAUCAUCAGAAUACAAACAGUGGAGAUGUAAGUAUGUCGAUAACAGCUGAUCACGAGAGUAGUAACGGUACUUCUAUAGCUAGCCUUCUCAGCCAACUUCCCCAAACUCAAUCUCCUAAUUCAUCGUCUCUUCACCAGCAACAGCAACAACUCGGAGAUGGUGUAUUUCGACAACCAUUUCAGCAUCACGGCAUGAACUGGUACUAGUAGAUCUUGAACCAUUGGGCUAUUCCAUUUGCGCGAUUAUGAUCAGAGGUAUAUAUAGCCCAAGAAUCCAUGCAUAUAUAUCAUAUAUUUAUGUGUGACUUUGUUAUAUAUAUUUAUAUUAUAAAGUUUGUUAAGUAAUAUAUAGUGGUUGGUUCUUUAUAACCUUCAACCUGCAGAGAGUAUAAACCAUAUAUAUUCAUAUUAUUUAUAUAAAUAUAGUUUGAACAUAUUUCAAUGGUUAUUUCAUUCUACUUAGUUUCUUUUUCCU